UUUAAAAUUCAUUUCCAUUGUUGGAUUUACAAACAUUUAUAUGUUGGCAUCAUUGGUGUGAAGUUAGCCGUACUCGAUUUAACAAUAGUACGAUUUUUUCGUAUUAAAACCCUUGUUUUUGAAAUAUUUCUAUUCCGAUAAAACCGUAUCGAUGAAAGUGGAAAUGGAAGACAUUGACGAUACCACAAUAUGCGAUUCCGUCUCUUCUUUAAUAGAAGGAUGUCGAUUGCCGGUUCAUAUGAAAGGAACCGACGAUUGGCCUUUGGCAGAAAUAAUAAGUAUAAAAGAUAACCAGGGUAAAAGGCAAUACUAUGUUCAUUAUGUUGAUUUUAAUAAGCGACUGGAUGAGUGGGUUACCGAAGAAUCUCUUGAUACGAGAAAAGUCCAUUUCCCCAGACGAGAUGGUGGAAGUAACACGGGUGUUUCAACGCCUAAAAAAGUUCACAUUGGGGCUGGAGGGUCUGUGUCGAGACCCUCAAGUCCUGUAUCAAGUAGUGGUGAGUUAGUAAAUGGAAGUGCAGUCUUAGCAGCUGCUUUAAGAAAAACCAUUCAUAACAAAAAAAGAAAGUUGCCUUCGUUGGAAAGUGAAGACUCCAUGGAUGCACCUCCUUCUUUACCUUACACUCCACAUACACCCCAAAUGCCUUUAACACCUCAUACUCCACAACCUCAACAACCCACACAAAAUCAAACUCCAACCAGUCAACCACCCCCUGGUCCUAGACAAUCAGGUAGUAUGGUUUCUCAUCACGAUGAUGUUAUUACUAGGAUGAAAAAUGUUGAUAUGAUCGAAUUAGGAAGGCAUAGGAUUAAACCGUGGUAUUUUGCACCUUAUCCACAGAUGGUUGGAAUUCCAUGCAUUUAUAUUUGCGAAUUUUGUUUAAAAUAUCGUAAAAGUCGCAAGUGUUUAGAACGACACCUAGCUAAAUGUAAUUUAAGACAUCCUCCCGGUAACGAAAUUUACCGUAAAGAAAACAUAUCGUUCUUUGAAAUCGACGGUCGCAAAAACAAAUGUUACGCUCAAAAUUUGUGUUUGCUGGCGAAAUUAUUUUUGGACCAUAAAACUUUGUACUACGAUACGGAUCCGUUCCUUUUUUACGUAAUGACAGUUUUCGAUAAUCGAGGAUUUCACAUUGUCGGGUAUUUUUCGAAAGAAAAAGAAUCCACUGAGGAUUAUAACGUAGCUUGUAUUUUAACGAUGCCUCCGUAUCAACGAAAAGGAUAUGGAAAAUUACUUAUAGAAUUUAGUUAUGAACUAUCGAAAUUUGAGGGUAAGACUGGAUCUCCUGAAAAACCAUUAUCCGAUUUAGGUUUACUUUCGUAUAGAAGUUAUUGGGCGCAGACGAUUUUAGAAAUUUUAUUAUCCAUGAAACCAGUUGGUGAUAACGAAAAACCACAAAUUACCAUAAACGAAAUCUGCGAACUGACUAGUAUUAAGAAAGAAGAUGUGAUCUCAACAUUACAAAAUUUAAAUCUCAUCAACUAUUACAAAGGUCAAUACAUCAUCACCUUAAACAAAGACAUCAUUCAAACGCAUAAAAAAGCGAUGGAAACUAGGUACAUUCGAAUCGAUCCGAAAUGUUUACAUUGGACGCCCAAAGAUUGGGGGAAACGGGCGAAAUGGUGAUUUAUUUUGUAUUUUUUUGUAAAGUGAUUUACUUAGUACCUGUCCAAUUUCUUGAAAAUUUAUGUAAAAUCGGUUUUAAGCGUAACAAACAUCGCACUGUGAAGAAUAUAAGCUUUUAAGGACAUCUUUUUGUAUUUAGGUGAUGACUAAAAAAUAAUAAUGACUGAUGUAUGAAUUUUGUAUUACUGUCGUUAAUCAGUAUUACAAUCAUGUUAAAUGAUGUUACAAUUUCUGUAUAUAAUAAAAUAUGCAUUCAAUUUAUUUA